AUGUCGACCCUCCCAAUGAAAAUUUCUGUGUCUAUGCCACUCGCUUCUUUUCGCUUUUUGUUUCCUUCUUUUCAUCUUUUUCGUUUUCGCUCCAUCCUCAAACGUCCUUUUCUUUCUUUCUUUCUUUCUUUCUUUCUUUCUUUCUCGCUCUUUCUUUCUUUCUUUCUUUCUUUCUUUCUUUCUUUCUUUCUUUCUUUCUUUCAUAAUUUUUAUCCACAGCCUUAUUCUUUCUUUCAUUAUUUAUUUUCACAGAUUUAUUCUUUCUUUCUUUUUUUCUUUUCUAGUUUGAUUUUUUCUUUAUUCUUAAACUUUCUUUUUUUCUCUCUUUCUUUCUUUCUUUCUUUCUUUCUUUCUUUCUUUCUUCCUGCUUCUUUUUCACUUCUUUCUCAAUCACGAUUUUUACCUUUGCCUUUCUUUCUUUCUUUCUCGCUCUUUCUUUCUUUCUUUCUUUCUUUCUUAAUUUUAUUCAUACAGUCUUUUUUUCUAUUUCUUUCUUUCUUUCUUUCUUUCUUUCUUUCUUUCUUUCUUUCUUUCUUUCUUUCUUUCCAGCUCUUUCUUUCUUUCUUUCUUUCUUUCUUAAUUUUAUUCAUACAGUCUUUUUUUCUCUAUUCCUUUCUUUCUUUCUUUCUUUCUUUUCUUUCUUUCUUUCUUUUUUCUUUCUUUCUUUCUUUCUUUCUUUCUCCAUGCUUGGUUUUCACUUCUCUCUCAAUCACCAUUUUUUCCUAUUGCCUUUCUUUCUUUCUCUCUCUUUUUUCCUUCUUUCUUUCUUUCUUUCUUUCUUUCUUUCUUUCUUUCUUUCUUUCUUUCUUUCUUUCUUUCUCCCUGCAUCGUUUUCACUUCUUUCUCAGUCACCAUUUUUACCUUUGCCUUUCUUUUUUUUUCUUUUCUUUCUUUCUUUCUUUCUUUCUUUCUUUCUUUCUUUCUUUCUUUCUCCCUGCUUCUUUUCUCUUCUUUCUCCCUCACCUUUUAUACCGUUCAUUCAUUCAUUCAUUCUUUCUUUCUUUCUUUCUUUCUUUCUUUAUUUAUUUAUUUAUUUAUUUAUUUAUUUAUUUUUUUUUUUCUUUCUUCUCCUCCUGA